AUGGAGACGAAUGACAACAUCGAGAUCUUAGUGCACGUCGCAGCUCCGUGCAGGGCCGUUGACGAUGCGCGAUACAGGGCCCUGGCGCAGGCAUAUCUCAACUUUCAGCCGGGAGGCCGGACAAAGAUAUCAGGCGGACAACCACAAGGAGAUGCAGACGCGACUAUUCCCAGCUCACUGGCUGAGCCAGCACCCUCACCAUACAUACCGUUUCACGCACCGAUUCCCAGCAGCGAGGCAACUCAACUCCCUUCGUCGCCACCUCAACCGCAGUAUUAUCCCCUGGGCCACUCUUUUGGAAGUGUACAACUUUCUUUCGGGAGCGUGUUAGACAACAGAAACUCUCCGGAUCUCGGCGGGGCUGCGCGCGAGCAGGAGAUAGUCCCUUCAUCUCAGCUGCCAACACAGACACAAGUUGCGCAAGAUAGUUGGGUUGCGCCACCGAGCGUCAUUGAUGACUCGCAGCCUGUCAAUAACACCAGUCUUCUUGAGUUUUCCUCCCCAAGCCGGUUCUUUGAGCAUUUGGCCGAUCAGUUGGAGAGUAAUAGGGACGGACGUUCCCAGCGGACGCCAGUGCAGAGUCAACGUCGGGCUUUGCACUUAUUGGAGGAAGUAGAGGAAGAGCCUGAGGAGAGUCACAAUGGAGAUGAAGAAGAACAUGAAGAAAGAGAAGAGGAUGAGGACAAGGAAGAGAAAGACAACGGCCGCAAAGAAGAAGAAGAAGAGGAAGAUGAUGAUGACGAUGAUGACGGACAAGUCGUCCUCACCACAUCAAGCGACGCUCCAGCACCCGGCGACAUCCCACCGCCGGCUCCAUCCCCUCCAGCAGGAAACGUGGUCCUGGAAACCCCGUUCCCAGCUCGCAAAUACCCACAGCUUCCGAGCUCCCCGUUCGACCAGAUCAUCCAGGACACGCCUUGCCAACCCUCAAAGAGACAGCGCCCAUCCUCGCCAUCUCGCGCGGCGACUAGCGAUCCAGCCCCCUCUCCAAAACGACAUAGGCGUUCCGCGCCAAUAUCGGAGUCCAGAUCAAUAAUCCAAGCCGUCUCCAUAACCGAGUCCGCAGACCACGGCGACGUCUAUCACUUCAUCCGGCCCCCGAACCAGCGUCACCUAAACUACCUCGACCGCCUCGAGAUCCACCCCACGGGGCCCCCCGUCGGCAGCACCCGACUCACGCCGGACGACCUCCUGACCCCGCGGCUCAGGGACCUCGCGCGGCAGCUCAACAUCUCGAAGCGCUACCGCCCCGCCGAGCAGGCGCGAGAGCUGCGGCCGUUCGAGAGGGGCCACUGGCUCCUGGACUGGACCACCUGGCGGCCGACGCUGCGCGAGCGCGCGUGGCACUUUCUGACCGACUACAUCCUCGACGGCUUCGCGGGCUGGGGCGUCUGGUGCAUGCGCGCCGCCGACUGGUCGUGGUUGAGGGUCUACUGCUGGGGCCACGUCGUCGGCCACGUCUACCUAGCCCUGUACCUCGCCAGCGAGAGGGCGUUGAAGACGGACUCGGCCCGCUGGGUGGACGGGGCCGGCGAGGUGGUCGUGAUCACCAACGGCCACGAGAAUUCCGAGUCCGGCGAUAGUAUGGAGGACGGGGCGGAAUAG